CCUUUUUGAUAAUUGCAUUUUAGAUCAAAAUUUCACAAUUUUUGGUAUUGAUGCUGAUAACCGGUGCAUUUAUUGAGGAUUCCAAUGGGGCUUGGUGGUUUUUCAGGAGAUGGACAAGAAGCCGCAGAUCUAGAGUAAAGUUACUUGUGACCACACAAGCACCAGUCUGCCCUCGUCUUUGUGGCUUCAGUUGUGAACCAUCAAACAAAUGCGGAAAGUUCUGCUGUUUUUACUGUUACCGAAAUUGCAAUGGAAAACAUCAGGAUAUUAGCCUGCCAUGUAAAUUUUCCGUGUGGGACAAGAAUGGGGACGGUGCUGUUAACAAGACUGAAUUUGUGAACGUGACACAAGCGAACAAGAGCGUUGAUGUUGAUUACGUUUUCAACACGUCAGACAAAAAUGCUGACAACGUCCUAUCAAAGGAAGAGCUACACAACGCACCGAUUAUUAUGGAGAAAUGUUAAAUGCGAACAACUGCAUAAAUUGUCAAACAAUUCUAUUUGAGUUGAUCAGAAAUAAAAUUGCAACUGUU